GGGCCUGCUAGGACAACAUUGGCUUGUGCUCAUCCAUUUCAAUUCCUACUGGCUCCAGAGUCCAAACUAUGGUGGGGACCAUGGGAAUUCCAGGUACACUAAAGGAACAUGGCCAAGCGAGUUGCGAUUGUGGGAGCCGGGGUCAGUGGCCUGGCCUCCAUCAAGUGCUGCCUGGAGGAAGGCCUGGAGCCCACAUGCUUUGAGAGGAGUGACGACCUCGGGGGGCUGUGGAGGUUCACCGAACAUGUUGAAGAAGGAAGAGCCAGCCUCUACAGGUCUGUGGUUUCCAACAGCUGCAAGGAGAUGUCUUGUUACUCAGACUUUCCUUUCCCAGAAGAUUAUCCAAACUAUGUGCCAAAUUCUCAAUUCCUGGAAUAUCUCAAAAUGUAUGCAAACCGGUUCAACCUUCUGAAACACAUUCAGUUCAAGACUAAAGUCUGCAGUGUAACAAAAUGCCCAGAUUUUACUGUCACUGGCCAAUGGGAGGUGGUCACUCAGCAUGAAGGAAAGCAAGGGUCUGCCAUCUUUGAUGCCGUCAUGGUCUGCACUGGUUUUCUUACUGACCCAUAUUUGCCACUGGACUCUUUCCCAGGUAUAAAUACCUUUAAAGGCCAGUACUUUCACAGCCGACAGUAUAAAUACCCAAAUAUAUUUAAGGACAAGAGAGUCCUUGUGAUUGGAAUGGGGAAUUCAGGCACAGACAUUGCUGUGGAGGCCAGCCACCUGGCAGAAAAGGUGUUCCUCAGCACCACCGGCGGGGCGUGGGUGAUCAGUCGAGUCUUCGACUCAGGGUACCCGUGGGACAUGGUGUUCACGACUCGGUUUCAGAACAUGUUCAGAAAUUCUCUCCCAACUCCAAUUGUGAACUGGCUGCUGGCGAGAAAGAUGAACAGCUGGUUCCAUCAUGCAAAUUACGGCUUGGUACCGGAAGACAGGACACAGCUGAGAGAGCCUGUGCUAAAUGAUGAACUCCCAGGCCGUAUCAUCACUGGGAAAGUGCUCAUCAAGCCAAGCAUAAAAGAGGUGAAGGAAAACUCUGUCGUAUUUAACAACACCCCAAAGGAAGAGCCCAUUGAUAUCAUUGUCUUUGCCACUGGAUACACCUUUGCUUUCCCCUUCCUUGAUGAGUCCGUAGUGAAAGUCGAAAAUGGCCAGGCAUCACUGUACAAGUACAUCUUCCCUGCACAUCUGCCAAAGCCAACCCUGGCUGUUAUUGGCCUCAUCAAACCCUUGGGCUCCAUCAUACCCACUGGAGAGACCCAAGCACGAUGGGUUGUUCGAGUCCUAAAAGGUAUAAAUAAGUUACCACCGCAAAGUGUCAUGAUUGAGGAAGUCAAUGCAAGAAAAGAAAACAAACCCAGUGGGUUUGGCUUGUGUUACUGCAAAGCUUUACAAGCAGAUUAUAUCACAUACAUAGAUGAACUCCUGACCUACAUCAAUGCAAAACCCAACCUAUUCUCUAUGCUCCUGACGGACCCACGCCUGGGCUUGACCAUCUUCUUCGGCCCAUCCACACCAUACCAGUUCCGCUUGACCGGCCCGGGGAAAUGGGAAGGAGCCAGAAAUGCCAUCUUGACCCAGUGGGAUCGAACAUUCAAAGUCACCAAAACUCGAAGUGUACAAGAAUCCCCAUCUCCCUUUGCAAGCUUACUUAAACUCUUAAGCCUUCUGGCUUUGCUUAUGGCCAUUUUCCUAAUUUUCCUAUAAAUAAAAGAUUACCCAAAUGGCU